AUGUACUCCGCCACCUCAGCUCCGCUUCCACCGCCGCCGCUGUGCUCCCAGGGUCACCUCUCCAACCUCAUCCUCCCAACCGCUGAAGGCGGCUCGAUUUGCCUCCUCUGCCUCUCCAAUUUACUCUCCAACCCAAAUUCCCCCACUGUACACGUCUCCUAUGCUCUCUCACAGCUCUUCCAAGCCCUCUCGCAGCCUCUCUUUCUACGUAAUUUUCUUACCUUCCACUCUCACUUCCUCAUCUCCCCUCUCGUCUCGGUUUUAUCCAAUUUCGAUGAUGAGCCCAUAGCAAAACAGACUAUCGACUUAAUUGUCAAUAUCUGCGAGGCUUCAAAUAAUCACAGUGAGUAUAACCACGAUGUAUAUAAGGAGUUCGUGGCUGCGGUUUCUGAUCGGCUCUCCAGCGGAUCGCUGGCCUGGAGCCGCAGACAGUUGUAUAUGCUUCACUGCUUAGGCGUUCUUUUGGAUAGUCAGGAAAAUAGUCACUAUGCCUGCAUCAAAGACACAGAUUCUCUCGUUUUAAACCUUGUCACAGGUCUUCAGCUGGCUAGUGAAGAGAUCCAAGGGGAGAUCAUGUUCGUUUUGUACAAGAUAUCCCUUCUCCAGUACACAUAUAUGGAUGGUCACUGUGUAGAUGUGUUAUUUCCCCGUUGUCCCAAGCUUCUGCACCUCUCUUUGGAAGCCCUUGUGAAAACUCAAAGUGAUGAUGUUCGCUUAAACUGUGUAGCAUUUUUGACAGUGUUGGCCAGGAGAGGUUUCUUCCAGAGUGCAUGUGCAAAUUAUUUAGGUUGCAGGGAUGCCUUGGAAGCUGACAACAUCAUGCAGACAACGGAGUCCACGAUGGAUGGGUCACCUCUGGAAGUCUUGUUUGCUGAGGCUGUCAAAGGCCCUCUGCUUUCUUCAGACAGCCAAGUCCAAAUUGCCACAUUGGAUUUAAUCCUCGUGUAUCUUUCAUGCGACGGUGGAUCAGGAAAAGUACAAGUAUUGGUGGAAGAGAAUCUUGCAGAUUAUAUAUUUGAAAUACUGAGACUGUCAGGAUGCAAAGAUUCAGUUAUCAACUCUUCCAUACUGAUUCUCGACGUUUUAUCAACUGCUGAACAAGCCUUCAGGCAAAGACUUGCUAUUGGUUUCACAACCUUAGUUUCGGUUCUUCGUUAUGUAGCUGAUAUUCCUUUUCAUCCUGUUCAAUGUCAAUCAUUGAAGCUUAUUUCAAACUGUGUUUCAAACUGUCCUGGAAUAAUAUCCACCUCUCAGUUUGAAGAAAUAAGUACUAUCUUAGCUGGGAUGUUUAAGAAACAUGUUGAUGGCGAGAUAGGCAUGCUUCAAGAGACAUUCACUUUGUCAUGCUCAACAUUCGUUGUUCUCAUGAAAUGUUCAUUUUCUCUUGGGAAUUCCAGUUUGUCAGCAUCAAUAAGGGAUGCAUUAAAAUCUGCAACUUCGAAUUGUCUAACUAUGCAUCCUGAACAUAUUUUGCACUCUCUUUAUCUACUGAAGGAGGCAUAUGCAUAUGCUGAUGAAGAUAAUCUUACCAUCUCUACUAACAAAGGACUAAAAUAUUUUAUUCUGGAGAUAUGUAAAUUGCAAAUAUUACCUUGGUUCGUGACAACCAUCAACGAGAUAGAAGAGGAGGAUAUUGUCCUGGGAGUAAUUGAAACAUUUCAUUCAAUACUGCUUCAAGAUUCGGAUACCGAAGCCAGGAAUUUUACUGAUAUCCUAAUUUCAUCAUCCUGGUUCAGCGUUUUAUUUGGAUGCUUAGGCUUAUUUUCUACGGAAAAGAUGAAAUGGAGGGUGUAUCUGAUGUUCAGUUCCAUUGUGGAUUUGCUUCUAGGGAGUGAUUAUGGGCAACCCAUUAGAGAUGCUGCUCCCCAUUUGCCAUCAGACCCUACAGAUUUGCUAUUCCUUCUGGGUCAGAAGACUUCCCAUAAUGUUGAAUUGGUUUGUUGUCAAUCUGCAGUUCUGCUGAUACUAUAUAUUAGCUCUCUGUAUAAUGAUAGGAUUGCAGAUGAUAGGUUGGUAUUAGCUUCUCUGGAGCAAUAUAUUCUACUCAAUAGCAGUGAAUUCUUCUCUGGAUCUACUGCUUCAGUGACAUUAGAAUUACUAGUAAAUCUUUAUGGGCUUUAUAGGGGUUUUGCCAAGAUGAGCUACCAAAUACCUUAUAGCCCAGAAGCAGAAAGAAUCCUCUUCCAGCUAUUGGCUGAAAAUGAUUGGGAUUCUCUUUCUACAAGAAUCCAUUUGACAUCACUAAAAUGGUUGUUCCAACAAGAAAAACUCUGCAAGUCAUUGUCCAAACAGAUGUUGAAGCUUUGCAUCAACAACUCAAUUGGUAAUUAUAUAGUUCCUUAUGGAAAAACUAGUCAAAGCGUUGAUUUGCAAGUAAUUGCUGAGUUGAUAUCAUUCGGAGAUAACUUUGGAGCAAUGAUUUUGGUAUGUUUAUUAGGAGAACUCGUGGAAGAUGCCAACCAAGAGCACGAUAUCAUUUCAGUAGUAAAUGCAAUUACCAAAAUCAUUGAAAUUGCACCAGUUGCUUCAGAUCAAUUAUGCAUGUAUGGGAUAGGUGGUGUUCUACAAAAUAUCAAUUAUGGGUCAAAUUUUCGUUUUCCGGAAGUUUUCAGUUCCACCACUCCACUUGUUUUUAGCAUUCUAAGAUCGGUACACUCUGAAUCAAUUUCUAAUGAUGAAGCUUGGGUUGGGAUUACAAUAAAGUCGAUGGAUUACAUGAUCUCAAUGGUAGCUGCUGACGGAUGGACUGAAGAAGGUCUUAUAAUACUUCUCAUUCUUUCUCUAGUUUUGUACCACUCUACGAAUCAGGCAAUGACACAAGCUUCCAAGAUUAUACUCUUGAGUGCUCCUUUGGUCUCAAUAAUUAAUAACAGUGUCUCAGAAGCCUGUUCAAAGGGACCUGCUCUGCUUGACCAUGAUGAGGGAACAAAAACAGGAGAAAUUCUAAUAAGCGUGUUGUCACUGCUCUUCUUCUCUCUCAGAAGUGCACAAGCUAUUCUACCAGGUAUGGUAGACUUUCGGAAUUUACUUGAUGAGGGUUGUGAGAUUCAGCCACUAUCCUAUGUCAGCAUCCGAGGACAUGACUUGUGCAAGUUGAUGCAUUUUGGAUCACCUCCAGUAAAACUAAUUGCUUCAUUUUGUCUUCUGCAAAUAUUUACUGGAAUAUCAGACCAUAGAAGUAGAAAUCAAGUUCAUUUAAAAUUCAGAACAGGCUACCUGUCGUCCAUGAGAGCAGUACUAGAAGGCUUGAUAUUUUAUAGUGACAUCAGAGUAUCUGCAAAUUGUUCCCAAUGUUUAUCGACUCUCAUGACUUGGAAAGAGGUAGAAAUUGAAUCUAUAGCUUCUGUAAAGAACAGUUGGUGCAGACUGAUAAUAGAGGAGCUAGUGAUGUCUCUGGCAACUCCGUCCGUGACAUCAAACUCUUCCAUGAUUCAACAUAAGCCUGCAGUUAAUAUUGCAAUUUCGUUGCUAAAACUAGACCAAAUUCCUCCCUGGAUGACUACGGUAUUUGAUGAUUCUUCCAUAGUCAGUGUUAUUCAGAACAUAUCACCGAACAACGUGAGCACUGAAUUGGUGCUUUUGUUUCGGGAGCUUCUGAAUUCUGGGUAUCUGAAACCUGAGCAUAUUGCUGAUCUAAAUCGGGUUUUCCAGGCAUGCCGGAGACACUUGUACACAAAUGAAAUCCAAGAUACCGGUGCAGAGGGGCACAAGGAGAAGACAUGUGAAAACCUAGACGAUUUAGGGAAAGCUCGUGCAUUCCUCAUAAGCCUCAUGACCCAGUCAUUUCCCUAUAUUGACCAUCGGAGAUCUCCAAGCUGGAAGAAACAACUAUUAGAAGAAAUAGAACUAUUCUCCAAACGUCUAAUGGAAGAUGAAGCAGGCUAA